GUUAGGUUGGACUAUGAAGCCCCAAAGUCCUCAGCAAGUGAGUCCUGACAAGAGCACAUGACCAUGCAGACAGAUUUAGACCCACCCCACAUGGAAGUGUGACGAAAGGCCUGCAAGACAUCUGCCCCUUCAACCGCUCUCUCUUCUCCCUCUCUCUUCUUCAUUCCCCUCUCAUCAUAAUAUUGCAGUUACACUAGUAGUAGUUUUAUCAUCUUCCCUAACUCCUCACACUUACAUCCUCUAGUUGCUCUUCAACUUGUACCUUCCCUCAUUUUCUUGUACUUUUGUGGCAAUAUCUUGUGUUUUGGAUUUUCCUUGUUGCAUUUUCUUCUUGGGUAGAUCUGUAUUGGUUUUUUACUUCCUUCAGAGCAGGUUGUAAUGGGUUUUAACUGAUUCUUGCUAGCAUUGAGUUUUGUGAAGGUUCGGUGUAUAUGUCCUCUGUAUAUCGGAAAAAGACAAGAUUUUGUUACCUGGGCAUCUUCAGUAUCUGCGCCUGUUCAUAAAUGGUUGAGUGCAGAUGAAAAAUUGGGCAAAUUUUUGGAAGGAACUUUUAUUAGAUGGGAGAGAGCUCACAGUUUAGCGUUGGGAUGGGGGGUGGGUGGGUGGGGUGGGGGUGCUUAUUGGAAACUUGAGCAAAUUUUUAGGUUUUGGUGCAAAUCUUGAAUCUUUUCUAAAGCCGAGCUGUGAAGGGUUCUUCAACAAAGGUCUGCUCAAGAUUGAGUGAUUAUGUGCUGCUGGUUAAAUUUUUAUAUAGAUGAGGAGGUUUCUUAUUGUAAAUCUUUUGGGCUUCGAUAGAAGGGGCCAUUUCGAUUUUCCUGAUAUUUGAAGGGAAAGAGGGCGAAAAUAGAACUAAGAUACUGAGGUUUGUGCAAGCAUUAGACUACCUGGAGCCUGGGGAGAAACAGUAACGUUUAUGUGGUUUUGAGUAUUAUAGUUCUUGUUUAGUGGUGGGACUUCAAAUCUAAAGAUUUGUGUUUCUGAAGAAAAGGGAGCAAAUAUGGCUGCAAAGCUUUUGCAUUCUUUGACAGACGACAGCCCGGAUUUGAGAAAGCAGAUUGGCUGUAUGACUGGGAUCUUUCAAAUAUUUGAUCGUCCACAUAUGAUGGCAGGAGGAAGGCGCUUGGUUGGCAACAGCCCCAAAAGAUUGGUUUCUGGUAGUUCUCACUUCAAUGAUGAAACAUCUGGAUAUGGGACGAGCAGUAUCUACCACCAGAAACCAACAACAGUGGAAAAUAAUCAAACACAUAAAAACAUACCCGAAAAACAAAGGUUCUCCACAGAAUCAUCAAGACCUUCAUUCUCAUCCUCAUCUCGCUCCUCUUCAUUUUCUUCUCUUGAUUGCAAUAGAGCUCAGCAAGAGCCUGUGGCCUUCGAUCGCGUCAUGUUUCCAGAAACUCCUUCAAGAGACCCGACAAAGAACAAGCUCAAAACAUCUCAACUGUAUGGCAGACAAACCCUUGAUAUUCGAGAUGUGGUCAAGGAAUCCAUGAACAGAGAAGCACAGGUAAAACCCACACUCAGAGAGAAGGUAGCUGAAUCUAUUGUGAAGCUCAACAAUGAUUCUCCAACCCCUCUUGAUCUUAAAGAAUCUCUUAGAGUUCUUGCCAAACUUCGAGAAGCUCCUUGGUACCAUGGUGAACCUAAACAACUCUCAAGAUCACCCUCCGUUUCAACUGACGUUCCUCGGUUCUCCUAUGAUGGGAAGGAAACACAUCAACUAUCAUUUGAAUCACGUGACGUAUCUAAAUCUGCAUUGAAGCAGAUGCCAAGGCUUUCGCUAGACGGUCGAGAGAGUCCGAUUCAAAGCUUUCACUCCGACUCAAAAUCCAACUUUGGGUCAAAAUCUUCCCGGCAGACUCUUGCUCGUCCUCCCAGUGUUGUAGCAAAGCUAAUGGGAUUGGAAAUGCUUCCGGAUUCUUCUACAAAUGAUUUUCAGUUCGAUGAUUCACUCCCUCUCUCAAAGCCGAUAUCACAAGUAGGUGAUCCAGUUCCUUGUUGGAGAAAACCUGAUUCAACUGUGAAGCCUAUAUCUAGAUUUCCUGUUCAACCGGCACCAUGGAGGCACGUUGACAAUACAAGCUCAUUUCCUUCAGUUUACAGUGAGAUAGAGAAUAGAUUUAAGGAUCUUAAGUUUACUGAAUCAGGGAAGGAUCUAAGAGCUCUUAAGCAGAUACUGGAAACAAUGCAGGCAAAGGGACUCCUCGAGAACCAAAAAGUCCAGGACUCAAAGUUGCCGACAUGUCAAAAGGAGCAAAGAAUAAGGGGUUCGAAUUCAUUAAGGCAGUAUGAGUCCCCAAUUGUCAUCAUGAAGCCAGCUAAACUUCUAGAACAAUCAAGGGUUCCACUUGAUGGUGGCUUGUCCCCUUCCUCCAAAGGCUUCCGUCGUAGAAAGGGAGAUGUUGGUACAGAAUCUACAGCCAAACAUCAGAAUACAUUCCAAAGAGUGAAUGUGAUCAAUACAUUCGAUUCAAAAACUAACAGUAGAACUUCAAAAUCUCCAGCAAGGUCCAAAGAAAGCAUCACCUCUGUGUCAGCAAAGAACACAGGACACAUCAGCCCUAGACUGCAACAGAGGAGAAUUGAGUUGGAGAAACGGUCUAGGCCACCCUCACCUCCUGAUUCUAACAGAUUGAGAAAACAACUAGUCAAGCAUCCAGUGGAGUCAAAUUCUCCCGGUGGAAGACGGAGAUCAAAGAUUUCCAAUAUCCUGACAAACGAUGACCUAUUGAGUGAGAAUGAAAUCUCAAAUAGGUCGAAUGGGAGUGUUAUAUCAGACUCAAAAGAAGAUGCGGAAGUCAGUAGUUCUUUAGUGUCUUUUAAGGAAAGAAGCAUACACAGUCCACCUACAGAAUCUGCUGAGUCCUUAAUAUCUCAACGCAUGGAUAGGAGUUCAUCUGUGCUCGCUGAAGAUGGAUCAUUGACUACAAUGGUCGUCCCAGAAUACCCGAGUCCAGUUUCUGUCCUUGACAAGCUUGUGUAUGCAGAUGAAUCUCCCCUAUCUGGGAAGCGUGCUCCUCAAAUCCUAGAUGAUAAUAAUAGAUACAAGAAUCAAGAAAGAGUCUAUGGUGUAGCAUUGUGUAAUUCAUCAUCAGAUGAUGCUUUCUACGACGGCACGUGUUUUGAUAUCGCACAGGAGUUCAACAGAAAGAAACUACAAAACAUAGAAAACCUUGUUCAGAAGCUCACAAGGUUGAAUUCUAGUCAUGAUGAAGGCAGCACAGAUUACAUUGCAUCUCUCUGUGAGAACACCUCUCCAACUCAGGAUCACAGAUACGUUUCUGAAAUUUUAUUAGCUUCGGGCCUUCUCCUCAGAGACAUGGGCUCAAGUAUAACAGUGUUCCAGUUCCAUCACUCCGGCCUCCCGAUAAACCCGGAAUUGUUUUUGGUUCUCGAGCAAACCAAGAACGAAAAUAUCAUUGAAUCUAUGAAGUGUGUAGGGAAAAACCACCGCAAGCUUGUCUUUGACCUUGUCAAUGAAAUCCUUGCUUCAAAACUGGCUUUUCUCGGGGCAUUUUCGGAGCCCUGGUUGAAGAAACACAAAAAGUUGCCAACAAAAGGUUUGGAUGCGCAGAAACUACUUAGGGAGGUGUGCAUGGAAAUAGAACACUGGUUUCAAAAUCGGCCAUCCAAAUGUGAUGCUGAAGACGUGGUGAACAAGUCAGAGGGCUUGACUGAGUUUGACCAAGAGGUAUCGGCUAUCGUGCUUGACGUGGAGCGUUUGGUUUUCAAGGAUUUAGUUAGCGAAUUAGUGAGAGGUGAGGGUGAUUGCUUCUUGGGAACCAUUAAACCAUCCAAUUCCAGGCGCAGGCAGUUGUUCUCAAAGUAGUUUGUUUCUGCUGCAUUUGUCUUUUACUUUUUAUUUGGAAUGCUUUGUGUAAUUUACUUUCGAUCUCUUUCUUUUUCUAAUGAUUUUUAUCAUGGUGUAUGACCAUUGCUAAAUUUGCAGUUAGAAGGAUUUUGAUGGGAUAAGCUUUCCAUAUAAGUGUGUACUAACAUUAUACUGAUAGCGAAGGCAAUCUGUUCAAAACCACGUUUAUCUACUCCCCAGUCCCCACUCCCCACCACAGUUUCUAGAUUAUACGGAGUAUUAGAGUAACACUGGCAGUCUGGCAAUGUUUUUAACGAAACUAAAGUUAUCCAGGCCUAUCAAAUGUACAGUACUGUGAACGAUUAAACACUGUUUCUAUUUGCCUUGGGCGGUUUACUUUUUCUAUUAAGUUUUGUUUGGAUUAAGA